AUUUCUUGUGAUUGAGUUUUAUUUAAGUCUUUUGCUGAGAUCAGGAUUCUACUAUGUUGCUAAUGAACAAAUUGUUCUGCAAUCUAUUUAGAUUAGCUGUCAAAUUCUUAAUUUUGAUUCCACCAUACUCUUUCGUAUCCAGGCUUUUGCAUUUCAUCUUUAACUAUCUUUUUGAUGAUCAAAUAUCAUUACUUGGACGCGUUGUUAAAUAUGUGGUUAACAUUUCAGACCAUAUUCUUAAAAUCAAACAAGAAUUUGAAGCUCAACUGUUUAGUGAAGAUGCCAAUCGAGGUCGUGCAGAUACGAAUACUACUGGAGACACUCGUAUUGAGGGCCGGAAACGUGCUAGGUAUACUCGAGAUCAGCUGCUGCAACUGAGGGACAAUAUUAUAAAACUCAAACAAGAAGUUGAAGCUGAAUUGUUUGGUGAAGAUUCCAAUAGAGAUCAUAUAGAUACCAAUGUUCAGGUCCAGUCUCAGACUAGUUAUUCCGAGCCACAGUUUGCAAGAACUCCGAUAUCUCGCAACCAAGAGGGAGGACCUGCUCGUAAACUAAUCAAAGCUAAGCUUCCAUGCGCAGUAGCUCGAAGAAGCAAUCUUUCUGACAAAGAUUGUAUCUUGAAGACUGUGCAAGGUAUACUCAACCAGCCAACUCUGAAGAAAUUUGAUCUCCUCAAAGGUCAACUGAUAGAUUCAGGGAUAACUAGUGCAGACACUCUAGUGGGUGUUGUCUCCUUAAUAUUUGACCAGGCUUUACUGGAUGCAACAUUUUGCCCGAUGUACGCCCAACUGUGCUCUGAUCUCACUAAAAAGCUGCCGCCUAUUCCUUCUGAUAAACCUGGUGGCAAAGAGAUUACGUUCAGACGUGUUCUAUUGAAUAAAUGUCAGGAGACAUUUGAACUUCGAGAAGAGGUGAGGAAAAUGACAGCCCCUGAGCAGGAGUCAGAGCGCAAGGCCAAAGAAGAGUUGAUCAAAUUGAUCACUCUUGGCAUUGUACGGUUUCUUGGAGAGCUUUUUAAGCAAAAGAUAAUCACCAGAGGGAUUCUUCAUAGAAUUAUUCAGGACUUAUUACCUUACCAUCCCAAAGGUUGUCCAGCAGAAGAGAAUGUUGAAGCCAUUUGUCAGUUAUUCAACAAUAUUGGCAAGCUGCUUCAUGAGAACCAAGAAUCAAGGAUCAUCUUAGAUGGGUGCUUUAACCUGUUGCAGAAACUGUCAACAAACCCUCAAUUGUCUCCACGGCUGAGGCUUUUGGUUUGUGAUGUGGUGGAUUUACGUGCCAAUAACUGGGUCCCUAAGCCGAUUUUAAUUGUUUGAUCAUCUGAAAAUUGUUAAAACAGUAAUAGCUUGACGACUUGCUAUUUUGCUAGACACUAAUGUGGGAUGUCAAAGUACAUAGAUGUGUCAAUCUACUUGUUGUGUUUGGCUAGGAACCAUCGUUUUUUUUUUUUUUUUUUUUUUUUUUGGGUUGGGGGGGGGGGUGGGGGGGGGGGGGGGUUGUUUCUAAUACAGUAUUAGCUCUCUCUCAUUACCAAGAAGCUACACCUUGGUUCAGUUUUAAUACUGCUAGAUGUCUAAAUUCUGGAGAAGUUAAAGUUAUCUUAGCUUUUGGAUACACUUGA